AUGGGCGACCAGCUAGCGUGUAUCACACUAGCGAUGUUCGCCAUACUUUCGGAAGCGGCGGGCGAAGCGAUCGAUUUGAAGAUAACGGCCGAACGGGUGCCACAAGUGGGGUGGGAGGUGAGGUGCUCCUGGUCGAUGCUGCCAAACGACACGCUGCAGUCUGUGCGCUUGCAGAGGAACGGCCAGCAGUUUAUGAUAUACCGACCAGAAAUCCACGGCACAGCGCGCGCGGAGGUCUUCCCCGCUGCAGAUGUCGUGUUAGAAGUGCAGUGUGCGCUCACUGCGGAGCUAGGGCGAAGGGGCGAUUGUCUGCUCUCAGUGCAGCCACGCCUCCCGCCCCCCACCGAGCUGCAGUUCAGCUGCGAGGUGUCGGGCGAGCGGCCCACCUUCGUCAUAGAGAGGAAGGACUACACCCUCAAGACGCUUGUGCCACCAAGUGUUGCCAAGCUAGAACGUGAGACUUACGACUCCACACCAGACCGGGUGAUGCUCAACUGCUCGUCGACUGGGCUCCCAGCCCCAAUCCUACAAUGGACUGUCGGAGAAGACAAGGUGCAAGCCGAUUUCAGCGGUCGACUGUGGAAUGGUACAUCCAAGCUGUGGCACGUGUGGUCGUCGUUGGCGUACACCCGGUGGCAGCGACCGUCGACGGUCACCUGCAGCCCGGAGGUGCUCUACCACCACACGGUGGUCAGGGGAACGCCGGUGGCAUAUAGCGGCUCUAAUUCACUCGGUGCAGCCAAUAUCUUGGUGGGAAUUCUGACCGUUGUAACGCUGAGGAGG